AUGCCAUCGAAUCUGAACUGCCUGUGUCUUCGGCUUCCACGCAUCUUCACUCCCUACCAGCGCCGGCCUUUCAGCUCUCUACCAAUCAUCCAGAGUCCUGCUCUCCGACUGAGAAGCUCCUCCUUUCAUUCUACCGGUGGUCUGCGUUCGCGAAAGCGGAAUGAGCGAAAUGACUACUUCUCAACAAGCGCCCCGUUCUUCCUACAGCAAGACGCGAAGCUGGAGAAACCUCCUGCGAAGAUAGAAGAAUCUCCUGGAAACAACAAGCGAAAGACUACAAGAUCCCAGGCAGCAAAGAACUCUCUGCGGAGAGUCGCAGUUGAGGCUCAACGGUCUAGAGAUGGGAAAGGGUCAAAGAAGACGCCGGCCGUUGCCCAUCAGGCAACUUCUAAGACCGUGACUGCGAUCUGCGCUGCUGAAGAAUACGACGUCGCUGAAGUAGCUCGCAUACUUCAGGGCUUGGGCAACAUCUUGGAUCCCUACAAAACGGAGCUGUAUCCGCAGGUGGUACAUGUAGCAUUGCCGGUCCACGCAGAUCCUUCAAACCCAGAAGAGACGAGUGUUGGCGAUGUCUUUGUGUUUCCAUCUGGCACUGUAGUUGCAUGGGCCAUUCCGGAGAGCGUACUUACGCCAUUGGUGUCGAAAACGCUUCUCCCAGCUGCCAAAUACCCACUUCUUCAGCUCGAGGAGGAGGAUCUUGACUACUCUGAAGACCCAAGCAGAGAACACAGCAGUAUCAAAGGCGAUAGAAUCAACCUGGGCACCAAAUCAAAGUUUGCUCAGGCCGCAGAAAACGAGACUGAAGCAUCGCUAGCUGCAGAUACCGACGGGUUCCAGGUCCACAGUCGAAACCUUGACACGGUGCUUACAAAGAUAGCCUUCUCAUCUGGUUUAGCUCGGUCAACGAAGCUGGCCGUACUCGAGACUCUUCUAAGAGAUUAUCAAGAGUCCACUAGAACUAUUCCCUCCCAACUUUCCCGCGGAGGCCGCAUGCCUUUUACGCGACGUUUCAUAUCGACAAAGACAGGCCAGCUCCUCAGCAUCCGGGCCCAACUGAAUCUCUACUCCGAGUUGACGGACUCCCUGCCCGACCUCUUCUGGGACAGCCGCCACGAAUUGAGACUCGAAGGCUACUACGACGAGGUUGGAAGAGCACUGGAUACCAACAUCCGCAUCAAAACCUUGAACGAGAAGAUGGACUACGCACAGGAAAUAGCUAGCGUGCUGCGGCAGCAUUUGAGCGAGGCACAUGGUGUCCGGCUGGAAUGGAUUAUCAUCUUGUUAAUUGCGGUUGAAGUUAUCUUUGCGUUACAAAGAGAGUUCAAGGAAUGGCACGAGGGCCGUGCUCUGGAGGAUCAAGAGCGUAUGGUCGCUGAAUGA